CAAUAUAAUGACUCCAUUUGCCAUGAGUUGUCCACAAAUUGAGCCUUCUACGUUUCCCUAUUCCCAAAUCCCAAAUAUUUCUCAACAAUAAGAGAGAUUUCUUUCCCUUUGCUUCUAGGGAUUCUCUUAUCUCUCUUCUCACCCUUUCGAAUCAUCAUCAUGGCUAAGAGUUCAUUCAAGAUGGAACACCCCCUUGAGAGGAGGCAGGCUGAAGCAGCUCGCAUUAGAGAAAAGUAUCCUGAUAGAAUUCCGGUAAUUGUUGAAAGGGCUGAGAAGAGUGAUGUUCCAGAUAUUGAUAAGAAAAAGUAUCUGGUUCCUGCUGAUCUAACUGUUGGCCAGUUUGUGUAUGUGGUGCGUAAAAGAAUCAAACUGAGUCCUGAGAAGGCCAUCUUCAUUUUUGUGAAGAACAUUCUACCACCAACAGCUGCUAUGAUGUCUGCAAUAUAUGAGGAAAACAAGGAUGAAGAUGGAUUCCUGUAUAUGACUUACAGCGGAGAGAACACUUUUGGGAUGGAAAUGUGAAAUAUUCACAAGGGGAAGUCAUGUAAAUAGAACAUAAAAGUAUCCUAUUGUGAAAUAGUCAAGCUAUGACAGUCCUUAUCUAAUCUGCAACUAGUUGAUCAUGACUUUUAUGUUUCUUUUUACAUUUCAAAUCAAUGAAGUUAAUUUUUUUUCAUUAUUA